CUUAGUGGGCCGUUCCAGUACCGGGACACAGCAAGCAAUAUGACUAAAAAGAAGCGGGAGAAUCUUGGCGUCGCUCAGGAGAUUGAUGGGCUAGAGGAGAAGUUGUCUCAAUGUCGGAAGGACCUGGAGUCUGUGACCUCCAGGCUCGACAGGGCAGAGCUGAGUCCUGAGGACAGGAGAUCUCUGGAGAAGGAGAGAACCACCCUCAUGAGCAAAGCCUCCAAGUAUGAGAAGGAGCUAAAGCUGCUUCGUCGAGAGAAUCGGAAGAACAUGCUACUCUCUGUGGCCAUCUUCAUCCUCCUUGGCCUGCUCUAUGCCCACUGGACUAUGGGAGGGUCCUGAGCAGGGGAAGGAUGACUGCCGCGGGUGAAGCAGAAGCAUUCAGAGGCUGUGGAGCGUGAAGAUGGAACCCACUGGAAG